AUGAAUUCACGACCUAUGAAGCACAUUGAUCGCGAGGAUCUCUAUACCAACCUCGAAGCGCGUGUUCAGUACCUUCACUCAUUCCUCGAUUUCUCUAGCCGCGACAUCGAAGCUCUCAUUACCGGCGCAAAAUACGUCAAGGCCCUCAUCCCCGCUGUUGUCAACAUCGUCUACAAGAAACUCCUACAAUACGACAUUACCGCUCGUGCUUUCACCACACGUAGUACCUCAUUCGAAGGCCCACUCGAUGAGAUACCCGACGAGAACAGCCCUCAGAUUCUGCACCGAAAGAUGUUUUUGCGCGCUUACCUGAUGAAGCUGUGCUCAGAUCCUAGUAAGAUGGAGUUUUGGGAGUACCUAGAUAAGGUUGGUAUGAUGCACGUUGGUCUUGGUCGCAAGCACCCUCUUCACAUCGAAUACGUCCAUCUCGGCGUCUGCCUCGGUUUCAUCCAGGACAUCAUGACCGAAGCCAUCCUAUCCCAUCCCCGCCUACACAUACAGCGCAAGACAGCCCUCGUCAAAGCCUUAAACAAGGUCAUUUGGAUCCAAAACGACCUCAUGGCCAAAUGGCACGUCAAGGAUGGCGCUGAGUUCGAGGUUGGCGACUCUGAUAUCGAGGUUGAGCGCGAAGGUUACCUACACGGAAAGCGCAUUAUCGGCGACGGCAGUGGCUCCAGCACCGAGGAUGAUGAUGAUGCUUCGGAACAACAUCAGAACCCCCCAUCGCGAAUUCCGCACCCUGCCGGUGCAACAGCUGGCGGAGUGUGCCCUUUCUCGGGGAUGGGUGCUCCUGAUAAGGAGUAG